AUGGAUACCUCCUCAGUUCCUAUGCUCAACUACGGCCUGCAGUACCAGUGGUGCUCCGACUCGGACCUCUCUAGCAUGUCUUCUUCAGAAACCCUCUCUCCUGUCCCCUCUAUGGACUCCAGCCUCUCUCCUUCCUACCAGCAGCUGCCACAGUCCACUCCUAAGGCAGCUAAGACAGGAUAUUCCAAGACCUUCAAAUCCUCACCCUGCUCCCUGUCUGGACGAGGCCGGAAAACGGGCCGAGCCACCCGGAUCCGCAGCAAGCAGAGGGAGAGCGCCAGCGAGAAGGAGAAGAUGAGGAUGAGGGAUCUGACCAAGGCUUUGCAUCACCUCAGGUCCUACCUCCCGCCCUCGGUGGCGCCCGCCGGACAGACUCUGACAAAGAUAGAGACCCUCCGACUCACCAUCCGCUACAUCUCCUACCUGUCGGCCCAGCUGGGCCUCAGCGAGGAGGCGCUGUUUCAGAGGAGGGAGCAGGGAGACACCUCGGCCAGUGACACCUCCUCACCUGACAUACUCAGCUACUUCCAGCAUGGCUCCAUGGGAGUGCAGGAGGCCCAGCUGCAGAACCAGAGCCUGAACCAGGGCCUGUACUCAGCCCAGUAUGACAGCCAGAGCACCAUGAUGCAUUCUGGGAGCUGUACGUUUGGAGUGGAUCAGUACAUUGAAACUCCUCAGAGAGACAUGUGCUUGGAUACCAUCCUGCAGUCACCUCCAGCAACACAGCCCUCCUGUCAGAUGUGCGGCAAAGACUUCUGCAUGCCGUUGGUUCCCAGAGAGUAUUGGGGUUAA